CAGUCAGCAAUUAAAACCAUCGAAGCGAGAGCAAUUGUAAUUGGUAAACGUGAUUUGCCAUCUAUGGUCUCUUUUCAACUACUCAACGGCCAUUUUUUAUUUUAUUCUUCAUUCUUUGAGUUUUUUGCCAGUUGGUUUCUGUGAGCUUUUUGAAAAAAGUAUCUGUUUGAGAGAAGAACGAACCGAACGCAAUUAUGAAUUUGGCACUGAGUUUGGUCGUUCUGGCCUUGUGCUGUUUUACCGGAUGGUGUGGUGCAGGAACCGCUGAUUUGAAUCUGACGAGUUACGGGCUUCCAGAGGCAACUUUCGCAGGCAGCUGUAAUAGUCAACAAGGAACGUUUGUGGACAGACAAUUCGAGGCUACCUGCUUUCCUAGACAAGUGACUUGCAGCUUAACUGGUGUCAUAAGUUCUCAAGUAUGCGACGCUGGGCAGACCUUCAUUGCUGAUAAUGAUCCCACCUGCUACGACCCUGGAUCCGCAGCAGCACUGGCUCAAUGCGAUGCAACUGUUAUGUGUGGACUAGAUGGUAUAACUGUGCAUGUUGGUGACGAUGCUGUCUUCGGUCAGACAUCUGGCGCCCUUCAAUUUGGAGACAAUACUAAUCCCUCGGCGCCAGCUGCUUCCCAGUGCCAGAUAUCUCACUCCAGCUCAAGUUACACUGGAACUCUUUUUUUCGACAUCAGCAGCAAUGGCCCCAAUACUGAUAUUUGUGGUAUUCCUGCGCCAACUGUGGGAUCGGACACCGCUGGGGAUGGAUAUUACAUCCAGUACGAAUUCCAGGUCAUGCGAUGGAUUGGACGAGGAAGUGAAGUAUUUGUUAACGAAAAUACGGAAAGAGUAGAGGACUAUGACUCCAGUACCGGAGUUGUGAUCACCCGGGAGAAGUGUUUCAUGUUGACGGUGCAGUGCAACUACAACCCAGACGGAACUGUAUCGGCUUCCUACCAGCCGAGCACACCCAAUGCCCUGGACGAACAUGAUGAGAACAGACUGGAGUUUGAGAUGUUGCCGAUCAAUUGUGCCACUGGAGCAGAGAUUAACCCCGUGGUUGUGUUUGUUGGUGUCGAAGUUUGCUUCGUGAACAAGAUCACAACCGUUUGGCACGAGAACAUCCGAAUCAGCAGCACCCGAUGCUGGGCUACACCCUCUUCUUCUCCAAAUGACGCUGAUUUUUACAGACUAACGGACCACGCAACUGUGCAUGAAACUACUUUUGAUUGGCUGUGUAAUGGGGAUGCUGGCAACCAUGGUUCAACAAGUGGUUUUACGAACGCCGCAUACGAGGAGGCUUUCAAAUUCACUUCGUUCCGAUUCCAAUCAGAGACCAAAACGCAGAUGCAGGAUGUCGCCACAUACUCACAAACCAUCUAUGUGCACUGCGAGGUGAACGCCUGUGAUAUUGGUGACAUAACUUCCACCGAUUGUGUUCCUCACUGCGGCGGAGCUGGAAUCUCGAGGUCUAGGAGGGACACUAACCGACGUAUCAACCCAAUGUUGCCCAAACUGACCAAGACUCGAACUCUGAGUACUGCCAUCAUCAUGCCUCCCGAUGACAGAAGGUACUUGGAGACUCCCUCGUACAACCUGCUCUCGGACACUCUCAGUCUCGGCCUGUUCGCUGUCGGCUGUGUGUUCGGAGUGGUCGCCCUCGGAAUGUUCUUCGUGAUGCGUCGCCAGAACCAGCAACUCAAGUACCGAAUCCUCAACGGCGAGUAAACAUGUGUCUGGAGUGUAGAAUGCAUCACCGUUUGCUUCUGUGUAUAUAGCUGUUUUCUAAAUCAUGAAAAAAAGGACUUCAUUUUAUAGAAUAUACAAAAUUAUACUUGAAUGGACUAUAUUAAUUUUAAAGGAUAAUGCAUGCAGAGAACUUACUCAUUUAUACAAAGCUGAGUUUUUCCCGUCCUGUCAUAUAAUUGCUGCUUAUGAUUUUUCCUUUUAUGGUAUAUAGUAGACGAAGGGAAAAGCUACGCUUAAAAUUUUUGUAAAGUGGAAAAUCAAUAUUUUUAGUCGGAUGUACAUUGUGUAAAGAGUAAUUCAAUUCUAAGCGCCUA